AUGUCGAAAAUCUUUUGCUCAUCAUCAUGGCUGUCUUCUCACAACUAGUCUUGUGUUUGAGAAUGAAGUUCGGGAGCUGGGCGUGGAUGACAUGUCCGAGGAUUCUACCAAAGCAUGGCGAUGACCUGCUCUGCACUCUGCAAUUCUGAAAGUGUUCUCCUGUAA